AUGAAUAACAAUAAUAGUCAAACUGCACACACCCCAUCAGAACAAAUCUUGGAAAAUGAAACAAAUCAAAUCGAUAUUACUUCAAUGCUUAUCCUUCAGCUUCUGGACACAAAUCAACCACUGAUACAAAUGAAUUGUGCAAUUAUGAUUGCAAAUCGAACAGAAGUCAUUGAUAAUGUUCCACUACAUCAAAAUUUAACAAACAGACAACAAGGUCGACGAAGACAACGGCAACGAAGACGACAAAGACAAGCAGAGCAACGACGAAUACAACAACGAAAAUUUCAACAACAAUUACAACGACAAUUGCGCGAAUAUCAACGGCAGCAACGACAACGACGAAGAUAUCAACGACACCAAAAACAGCAGCCAAUCUUAAAACCAAUACGUGCACGAUACAUAUCAUCAAUUGAUAGAGAAUGGGAUCAUGACAAUGGGAAAACUCUAGGUUAUCCUGAAUACUUGAACCAAUUCAACGACGACUUCUUAGAAGCCUAUAAUUUUAAAAAAGCGAUCCAAACCAACUACGGGAACAAGAACAAUUGGAAGAACUUGAAGCAUUUGCUGCCUUACAACAGUUACUUCUCACACAGGAUGAAAUUAAACAAGAAAGUCAAAUAA